AUGACUUCCUAUACAAAGCGUGUUUUGGUUGCAGGGGGUGCUGGGUUCAUUGGUGGCAACUUUCUUUUACGAUUUGUUCGGCAAUACCCCGAUUACUACUUUAUAUGCGUCGAUGUGUUAAACUACGCUAGUAAUUACGAGACUCUCAGACCGUUGGAACGAUUUGAAAACUACAAGUUUAUUAAAAUGGAUUUGAGUGAGGACACAGAACAGCUACUUCAACUAACCGGGAACUAUGGAAUAACUGAUAUUAUUAACUUUGCUGCUGAGUCGUCCGUGGACAGAUCGUUCCUACUGCCAACCUUUUUCACCAAAAACAAUAUCCUCGCAACCCAAAACUUACUCGAAUGUCACAGGACUCUGCCAGAACAGAUACAGACUUUUAUUCACAUUUCAACCGAUGAAGUGUACGGAGACGAAGUGGUAAGAGCAUCAGAGAAGUCCCCUUUGAAUCCAACAAACCCCUAUUCAGCUACCAAAGCAGCGGUAGACUUGAUCAUUAAUGCAUACACCAAGUCUUACAAACUCCCAAUAACAGUUUUGCGACCAAACAAUAUUUACGGACCAGGACAGUACCCAGAGAAGCUAAUCCCUUUAACCAUUGAAUGCGGGGAGACGAAUAGGCCCGUUCCAAUACACGGCAAUGGCAAGAAUGAGAGGAGAUAUUUGUACAUCAGUGAUUUCUUGGAUGCCGUGGACAUCACAUGGCACAGAAGUGAUUGUGCCGGAGAAACAUACAAUGUUGGAGGUGAUGUGGAGCAUGAAGGAUCAAUCGCUAAUAACGAGCUUGUUAGCUUGAUUAACGACGUGUUUGGUUGUUCAGUUGAUAUUGAAUACGUAAAGGACAGGAAUUACAACGACUUAGACUAUUCCAUGGACACAGAAAAACUACGCAAGCUUGGAUGGAGACAGAAAGUGACGCUACACGAGGGCUUAACAGCCAUAAAGAAACUCAAAUAA